GCGACACACCACAGACACGGAAUCUCCUAUUACCAAUGGAAUGACACAUGAAGCAAACUUGGAAAUUCAGAUUCCUUCCACUAUAAUAAGAAAUGAUGAAGUUGAACAUGAAUUGGAGCAACAACCAAUAAAUGAAGAAAUAGAAGUGGAAUCUCAACCAAAUGAAAGAAUAGAGGAAGCUUGUAAGAGUAAAAAGCAACGAGGUCCAACAACGUUAACAAAGGUCCACUCGCGUACAAGAGAAGAGCGUGAAGCUAUUGUACUGAACUCAAUCGGCCAACCAGUUGGACCAACAAAAGAAGUUGUUGAUGAAUUUAGCCUCUUCUUGGGUACAGUUGCUAGGGAUUCCGAGCUUGCGCCUCUUAAUUAUAGAAAAUUCAAACUUUUGCCCACACUUGAUAAAAUAUGGGAUUAUGUUUUGGUAUGUUCCUUUCAUUGUUUCUUUUCUAUAUAAGCUCAUUCAUCAAACUGAAAACAUGUAUACACUACUAAUUGAGCUCAUUCAUUGGACCGAAUACCUUAUAUACUACUAAUUGAGCUCAUUCAUUGUUGGGUUAGGAAAAGUACAUGGUUCCCGAUCAAGGGAAAAAAUGGGUUUUCGAAUCUAUAAAUGCAAGUUGGCGUGGUCAUAAAUGUAGGGUAAAGCAAAAGCACUACUAUGCACAUGAAACUGAUGAGAAAAGGUGGGAAAAUCGUCCAAAAACAGUUUCCGAUUCUCAAUUUAAAGAUCUUUUGGAAUACUGGAAUUGUUCACUAAUCGAGAAAGAAGCAAAAAUUAAUAAAGGCAAUCGUGGAUCACUAGAUGAUAUGCAUACUAUGGGUCCAAAGUCAUACGCAAUGUUACGUCAUAAGUUGCAACAAGAGGAUCCGGAUAAGCAAGAGCCUUCACAAGAAAAGGUCUACAAAGAAUCGAGGAAAAGAAAUCCUGAAAAGACAUACCUCACCAACAACGAAAAAUCUAUAUCCAAUAUUGCCAAGAUGGAUGCUUUACAAAGUGUUGAACAUGGAGAAGAUGGUAACACUAAGGAUCAUUACUCUGAAGUCAUACAAGAUCCUGUACGCAAAAAUCGUGUACGCCUUUAUGGAAGAGGUGUAACAAAGACUGAUUUGAAAAAAAAGGAUACAAAUUUGGGUUUCAUAUUUCCACAGGAGUUUUUACAAAGUAUGGAGACUCAAUUGGUGCAAAAGCUAGCACCGAGCGUGGCAUCUAUCAUUCUUUCUCAAAUUCAAGCCGCUAAUCCAGGAGUAGAGCUUGUGAUUCCUGACUUUUCAAUUGGUACAAAACCAAAGGAUGCAUCUAGAGAUCAACAUCCAACUAGUGACACCAAUGAGCAAGCUUCUAAUGGCCCUCAAUUGUUAGAUUGUGAGGAGAGACUUGGUGAAAUUCCGGAAGAUUUGGGAUCUAACCGAGCCGGACAACCUUUG